AUGUCGGAUGUGCACAUCGCGAACCCAAAUGCCGUCAGGUCAUAUGGGAAAGUCAAGGCGAUCGAGAACAGGAUGACGAUCCAUGUUGUGGCGCUUGCUUCCCACUUUGUGUGCCACCUCAAGUCAAGAUAUUGA